CUUCCCCCUCCCGCCCUCUGCUGUGUGUUCGCAUUGUGUCUAAACAGGCGAGCCGGCGAAACUGAAAAGAUAUUUCACCAACAGCCGUAAUGUCGGGCAGGUCGGUACGCGCGGAGACCCGGAGCAGGGCGAAAGAUGACAUCAAGCGGGUUAUGGCCGCCAUUGAAAAAGUACGAAAAUGGGAGAAGAAAUGGGUAACGGUCGGUGACACAUCUUUGCGAAUCUACAAGUGGGUGCCAGUGAUGGAACCCAAGUCCGACGAUAAGAACAAGAACAAGAAGAAGGGCAAGGAUGACAAGUAUGGCUCUGAAGUCACUACACCAGAGAACAGUUCUUCUCCUGGAAUGAUGGACAUGCAUGAUGAUAACAGUAACCAGAGCUCCAUCGCUGACUCUUCCCCUUUAAAACAGGAGACCAGUAACAACACUAGCCCCACCCCUGAACCCAUGGCGGUGUCUCAGAACGACAGCAACGAGACCAAGAGCGAUCAGUUUCCUAGCAAACAGUCUUUGUCUGGACAGGACAGCAAGACUGGACAAAAUCACUCCUCAUCAGAAUCAACAACAGCCAAGAGGGACGGCAAAUCGCAGGGAGACCAAGAACACUUCACAGAUUCCUCCAAAGCUGCUCAGGAUAUGGAAGAUGGUGCUCCUCCUAGCAAGAAAGGCAAAGUGGACUCUUCCUCUGAAGAAAACUAACUUGUCUUUUGCCAACUGUUACACUCUAGUGAUCUCCCUUUCCUCUCCCUGUAUACUUUGAGUCAUUUUACUCCAACCGCCAAGUUGUACAUCUCUCUGUUCAUCUACUCUCCCAGAAACACAGUCACUCUUCAGUAAGGAUGGGGGCAAAUGUGGAGGAAAGCUAAGGAAUUAAGCUGUGAGAUUUGGGGGUAGGGGUUUACAUUGCACUCAUGCUAGAACAGUUCAUCCUGUCCUAACAUCACCACCUGCUGUUUCAUGUGGAAAGCUGUUUUAGUGUUUAAUCCACACUUUUUAUAUUGAAAAUUCAAUUUGAAUGGGUACAAUUUUUAGUACUAGUAAAAACAUGAACUUUGUUAAAAAUCAAAUUCUAAAAUGUCAAAUUGAUGAAAUUAUUUUUAGCAUGUAAGAAUUCAGUUCUGACUAGUGAGAAAUCAUGACUUUUCCCCAUUCAUUUUAAUUUGGAAGAACAUUUUUGCUAUGAGUUGGUAUGAGUUCAGAUUUUUAACAUGUUCUAAAUCAGUUUUUACAAGAAAAGUCACUAUAAAAAAUGUAAUUGAAAUUAUUACAUGUUCAAAUUUAUAUCUUAAACUGGACCGUUGCCUGUUAAAACUCUCAAUGUAAAAGCAGAUUUAAUUUGCACAUGUAGUAAUUCAGUUUUAAAAUGAAGAAAUAGCAAAUUUAGAAAACUUUCUUUUGAUUUAGUACAUGUUAAAUUCCUCCCGCUUGCUAUUUCCUAUUUAAAAUGAACUAGGAAAAGCAUUCAUUAACUUUUCUUUUAACUGAAUGCUUAGCUGCUAAAAUAUAAUUACUAGUAAAAGUUGAAUCUUGCCAUGUUAUAAUUUUUACAUGUCAAGUUAUCUUAACAUUUACACAAAAAAAUCGAAUUGGAUUUUUGAUACAAAGAACCUUAAAAUCUAAAACGGUUUACCAUUUUCUUGUUUUCAUGCUGUGUUCACAUGUUUGCGUUGGGGAUAAAAAGAUGCCAUUCUGCGCCUCAUAGCGUGACUGAUGGUGGCAUGAAGCCACGUAGAUGUUGCUUGGUGACAGUGGUGCUGGCAAGAACGGUUGAUUGUCGGUGUUAACGUAAGGUGGAUAACAGUCAGGAGGACUAUCUGUACUGUUUUAUUUUGUGUUGUUUAAUGCUGGGUUUGUCUGGAAUUCAACAGUGAAAAGUUUGGCGUCCAUGGCUCCCAAAAAAAAAAAAAAAAAAAUCAACACCCGGUUUAUACUCCUGCUGUGGUCAACAGCAGAAGGUGGGAAACUUGAAUUCUUGAAAGAACGUUUCGCUCACCACUGCAGUCUACAGAACGUUGCUGCUGGCAGUGGCAGAAAGUUCUGGCACAGGUCAUUUGAAAACAGUGGGUUUUCUGGUUUGCAGUCCUCCGUCUGCUUACAUGUGAAUGCAGCAUUAGAGCAUUCAUGUCUGUGUCCCUCCCAAAGUGGCACGUGACUUUUGUAUAUGGAAACUUUUCAUUUAGUCAUCAUUGCUAUUAACUGCCACUUGCUGUGUGAAAGCAAAAAUAUUUCUCACCAGUAUAAUUUUUUUUUCUCGCUCAGGAGGGUCAACACACUGUUAGUCACGCUUAAAAGGUUGGUUCUGCUGCUGUAGUUUGAAGAGGUGUUUCAUUUUUUUCCUUUUUUUUUUUUUUUUUUUUUUUUUUAAACAAAUGAAUUCCACAACUAGCUAAACGGAUGAUAAGGUCAUGUGAGUGAGUGGUACUAGUCACAGGUUAAAAGUUGUUCGAGCGCUUGGCUUGGACCUGUUCUGCUGUGAAGACUAAGUUAGCGAGUUAGCUUGUAGCAUACGUCCUGCUUAUGUUUGUGUGCCUUGUGUUACUGAAGCUCAUUUUGAGGUUUUUUUUUUUUUUCUCUCUCAAACGUUCACGUCUGCCCACAUGUGUUUCUCACAACUGUUUAUCUCCCAGCAAAACUUUUUCCACAUCCACUAACGUGCAGUCCGAACUGUGAUCGUAUGUACGGAGUUACAAAACGAAGCUUUGAAAUGCAGGUCACCAUUUCAAUAGCACUACAACCUUUCCGAAAGUCCACAGUGCACCACUUCUUAAUUCUGACCAUGUACCCAUCUAAUUCAUUAAGUAUUUGUCUCUCUCUGGCAAGCGUCUGCCGUCAAGACUUAGCUUGUGUAGCUGUCCAUGGGGAAAAUAAAGUGAUUUUCAUUAGACUUUAACAGGCAGGUUACGGAUAGACAGCUGUGCAAAUACCUCAUACUCAGUCCAGCAGUGCUGGCAUAUAAAACACUAAGUAUGACUUUUAGUAAAAAAAAAAAAAAAAAAUCACUGAUUAUGUCUGCUUGCAAAAAUAUGUAUAUAUUUAUACAAUAACAUUUUCGUUAUUACCCUUUUUUGGUUUUUGCCACAAUUUUUCGCCAAAAUAUUGCCUUCUCUAGUUCAAUCUUUGAACCUUUUUGCGAAAAUGUACUCAUGGGGACCAUAUUGUUUUGUUUUGAUUUUUCACUCUGCAUUAGAAAUGUCUUGUACAGAAGUAUGGUUGUGUUUCAUUUAUUUAUUCCACAUGUAGUUUUUGGUUUUAUAAAAAAAAUAAAUGCAUAUCCUUUGAA